GAGCCCGGUAGCCAAACAUCUUGUGAAGUGGUAGAAAAAACGAACGAGAGAAAAAGAAAGGUUAUUAUGGCAGUCAAGAAAAUAAAAUGCUUGAACUUUCAGUAUGUAUCAUGGACUCUUUCAAGCCAAUAAGCUUCCCCCAGCAGCUGUCAAUGCUAUCACCCACCAGGCAUCUCGCAAGCAACUGGCCCCGCCAUUAAAUUACUUAGUGUCCACACUUCCAAUACUUGUACUACUAGCACUAGCCAUUGUUGUUGUUGUGGCCAUACUUGCGCUAGCAGAAGAGGUAUUCUUGGCUCUACUUCCACCAUUGACACUCAAAAUCAUCGAUCUAGUCACAGAAGUUGUAGUCAAGCUACCCUUCGGUGCUAAAUAUCCACUCUUAACCGUUGUUGUCGCAUCCGCACUACUACACAGCGGCCAUUUCUUUCCACUCGAUCCUGAAAUCAACCUCGAUUGCGAGUCCACCGCGCUUGAAUACACUACCGUGUUAUCGGCACCACUCGGAAACGAGUGAUCUGUCGUCGUCGUGCUCCCCUCUCCACAUUUUUUAUUUCCCCAAAUGGUGUUUUCGGAUCGUUUCUAGAGGCCUUGCAUAUCGUACAUAUCUUACUUUUUGUAGAAAAACCUGCAGUUACUGGUUUCA